AUGUCUCUGUGUCAAAAUCGUCUUCAGGAGGAACGAAAACAGUGGCGUCGUGACCAUCCUUUUGGGUUCUUCGCCAAACCAGUCCGAAACACAAAUGGGGUGGUUGAUCUGAAGUCCUGGGACGUCGGAAUUCCAGGUCGCGAGAAGACGAUCUGGGAAGGAGGACUUUUCAAGUUGACACUCACGUUUCCUGACGAAUAUCCUACCAAGCCACCCAAAUGUCGAUUUGUACCACCACUCUUCCACCCGAAUGUGUACCCAUCGGGCACCGUCUGUCUCUCUAUAUUGAAUGAGGAGGAAGGUUGGAAGCCUGCAAUCACCAUCAAGCAGAUUCUCUUGGGCAUUCAGGAUCUGCUAAACGAUCCCAACCCCGAAUCGCCAGCUCAAGCCGAUGCAUACAAUCUGUUCAAAAAGGAUCGGGCCGCAUACGAUCGCAAGAUCAAAUCCAUCGUCAAGGAAAACCCCGCACCCUAA